CUUCUCCGCAUCUAGCUACACUAUAGUGGGGCAUUGCCAAAGAGGUCCUCUUAAGCUGCCCUACUUCUAGUAUGACCUCACGGAGGUAGAAUCCCGACGGCUAUUGGACACCAAGCCUUUUUCCAGAUAGUUUUCCCAAUUUUGCCAGGCCCUAGCCCCACCCAGCUAAGCUCCGUUCCAUUAACAUGGUCUUACCUGCGACAAUCCCUAUAUAUCACCUAUAUUAUCACCUAUAAUGCCAUGCAAGAUUCCGCCAGGGCGGGUCGCCACACGACUCAAGCCGUCCUAACGACAGAGUGCCCAGAGACUCCAUGAAUAUGGAAAGAUAUUACUACUUCCGGUGGGCCAUUGUGAGGGGAUAAGAUCGGCGGCCUUACUUUCAGCCUGGUAAGUGUAAGUAGUUCAGCACGGUCGUGACAUCUUUAAAGGCUGGCCGGUUUCCGGAUUGCGUGCUGCUCCUUUUUUUUUGUUUCUUACCUUCAUGCCGUAAACUCGAUACGAAAAUACAGCUAGUUCGAACAUAUCUCAAAAGGAACAAUGCAGCUUACAGCAACCUUGGGACUCGCGGUCCCCUUGCUAGCGCAGUUAGCAUCGGCGCAGGCGUCCGGGUCGGGAAAGACGACACGAUAUUGGGACUGCUGCAAGCCGAGCUGCGCAUGGUCACAGAAGACCGACAGCGGGAAAAUGAUCGGUACCUGUAGCAAGGCGGACCAGCCGCUCGGCGACAACGGAGCGACCAAGAGCGCGUGCGACAGCGGCGGCUCGGCAUACAUGUGCAGCAACCAGAGCCCGUGGGCUGUUGACGAUACUCUCAGUUACGGAUGGGCCGCCGUGAGGAUCCAGGGACAGACCGAGACUACCUGGUGCUGCGCUUGCUACGAAUUGACCUUUACCAGCGGUCCGGUUAGCGGCAAGAAGAUGAUCGUCCAGGCCAGCAACACGGGAGGUGACUUGGGCGAGAAUCACUUUGAUCUUGCGAUCCCCGGCGGCGGUGUCGGGAUCUUCAACGCCUGCACGGACCAGUACGGCGCUCCGGCUAACGGGUGGGGCGAGCGGUACGGCGGUGUGAGCUCGCGCUCGGCUUGCGACGGGUUCCCCGAGGCGCUGAAGGCCGGCUGCUACUGGCGCUUCGACUGGUUCGGCGGCGCGGACAACCCGGCCGUCUCCUUCAAGCAGGUCACGUGCCCCUCGGCCCUCACCGAGAAGAGCGGCUGCUCUCGCAACAGCUAGGCGCAACGGUCGAGAGAUGGGUUGGUAUAGGGACUGGGGUUCCGAAGAAAGGGGGAAGAGGGAGUAUAACUUGGGUGGAUGUAUAUAGGUUGGGAGAUGCGAUGGAAGGUAUAUAGAAACUUUACGUAUAUUAAAGGCAUUUAAAUUUAGCGGCGAUUCUUGCGUUGCUGGUUUUUUUUCUUUUCGUAGCGUUAUGAUUCCUAGUUACAGGUACCUAUGUGUUCCAUGUUUGGGAACCCCUUAUUGUUAGGGACGUUAUAGGAGUUUAUAAAUCCCAACUGAAACAAGUGACACUGUCUCUGUUAAGACUCGAUGCGAUUCUAUUGGAUCUGUGUUAUCAUAUGUAUUGAAAUUGCCAUUGUUGUAAAUAAAAUGCGGUGUUUUGCUUUGGCUCC